AUCACACCAUGCUCUCUAAAGUCUAAUCUAUUACCAUCAUUUUCCUUUUUUAUAUUUCAAUUAUUUCAUUCUUUUUUAUUUGUAACAGUGUUAGCUGCAACUUCUAUGGUGUCAAAAGUCCAACUCCAACGGAACCAAAGAUUCAACUCUCUCUUGCCAUUUUCUGUUCUUAUUGGAUCAAUUGCAAGAGGGUUCACUUGUUUUUUGUUUGUCUUGUUUCUGGUCUGGAUUUUUGGUUGCUGUUUGGUUUGGCCCUUUUCUGGAUAUGUCUUGUUUUAUGGUGAACUCAAGAGACUAUAGUAGAAUCAUUAAAUGCUUUUCCUUUUUUUCAAGAACCAAAUCUUGAUCUAGAUUUUGUCAUUUGGGAUGUUCCUCUUUAUUUUUUUCUCCUAGUGGUUGUAUCAACUAAAUUAUAGUAAUACUAUUGUUUUGACUUUUGAGAUUGAUUGGUGUGUUUCUUCUAAAAGGGGAACACAAAGGAAGGGGAAGAAAAAAGGAACAAGUGUUUUUGCUUUCUGGGGUUGUGAAUUUUUGAGUUUAGAGCUGUGGAAUGUGAGCAGCUGGUAGAAGCUUCAAGCUGCUCUUUUUCUCUUUUGUUAGGUUUGGUCCUUUCUUUUGCCUUCAAUUUGUAAAGGUUUGAUUUUGAAGAGGAAACAUAUAAGGAUAUAGUGGAGAUCAGGGACUUGUUUCGUCUGUUAUGCCCCAUGAGGACAUUCUUCAGUGGAGAAUCAUGUAAAGAAGCACCCCCAAAUGCUCUUAAUCCACAGUCCUGGCUCCAAGUUGAAAGAGGGAAGCUUCCCAAGUUGUCACCACAGUCCUCCUCUACAUCAAUAGAAUCUCUAAUCAAGGUCCCCCAACCACCCAUACUCCAAUAUUUUAAACCUGUUGAUUAUGUCGAAGUUUUGGCCCAAAUCCAUGAAGAACUUGAGUCUUGUGCUCCACAGGAGCAAUCAAAUCUGUUUUUGUUGCAAUAUCAGAUCUUUAGGGGCCUUGGGGAUGUUAAAUUGAUGAGAAGAAGCAUCCGGGAAGCUUGGCAGAGAGCCAGCACUGUUCAUGAGAAGAUUAUAUUUGGGGCAUGGUUGAAGUAUGAGAAGCAUGGGGAAGAGGUAAUUGCUGGCUUACUCACAAGUAAAUGUGAAAAAGAAUAUGAGCCCAUAGAUGUAGAAUCUCAUCUUACUUUUGAUACAGAUGUAAGUUCCCAUGAGAGAGUUUUGAUGAAUGGGAAACAUAGUUCACAAUAUGUUAUUUUUACCAUUGGAAAUGAGAAGAUAACCUGUGAUAGGCAAAAGAUAUCUGAGCUUUCAGCACCAUUUCAUGCAAUGCUGAAUGGGUAUUUUAGGGAAUCAUUUUCUGAGACCAUAGAUUUGUCUGAAAACAAUAUCUCCCCUUCAUGUAUGAGGGCAAUAAGUUAUUUCAGUUCAACAGGCAGUUUACUUGAUGCCCCUCCAAAUCUUUUGCUGGAGAUGUUAGUUUUUGCCAACAAGUAUUGUUGUGAUAGACUUAAAAAGGCUUGUGAUAGAAGACUUGCAUCCUUAGUUUCCUCUAAAGAAGAUGCUUUGGAACUCAUGGAAUGUGCUCUUGAUGAGAGCUCAGCUGUCCUUGCAGCUUCUUGUUUACAAGUUCUUUUACGUGAUGUUCCCGGCUGCUUGAGUGACAAUCAGGUGGUGGAGUUAUUUGUUACUGCUAAUAGGCAGCGGUUAGCAGUCAUGGUUGGGCCAGGUUUAUUUGCACUUUUCUGUUUCUUAAGUGAAGUUUCUAUGAACCUUAAUUCUAGUUCGGACACGACAGCUCAUUUUCUGGAACGGUUAGUUGAUUUUGCUGAAAAUGACAAGCAGAAACUGCUGGCAUGUCAUCAAUUGGGAUGUGUAAGACUCUUAAGGAAAGAAUUUGAUGAAGCUCAAUACCUUUUUCAAAGGGCUGUAAAUGCAGGGCAUAUUUAUUCUGUUGCGGGUUUAGCUAGACUGGACUGCAUAAAGGGAGAGAUGCUUUUAGCAAAUGAGAAGAUCAGCUCAGUCAUUUCAUCAGUUACUCCACACGGAUGGAUGUACCAGGAAAGAUCGCUAUACUGUGACGGUGAUACGAGGUGGAAAGACCUUGAGGAAGCAACUAAACUGGAUCCUACUCUUGUCUAUCCCUAUAUGUAUAGAGCUUCCACUUUAAUGAGGAUGGAGAACUCUCAAGGUGCACUGGCUGAAAUCAAUCGGAUUCUUGGCUUCAAACUUUCAUUAGAAUGCUUGGAACUAAGGUUUCUUAUCUAUCUGGGUCUUGAGAACUACAAAGCAGCCCUCCGCGAUGUUCAAGCAAUCCUCACUCUAUGUCCAUAUUAUAGAAUGUUUGAGGGGCGCGUUGCUGCAUCUCAACUCCGUACUCUUGUGCGUGAGCAUGUUGAACACUGGACAACCGCAGAUUGUUGGGCACAAUUAUAUGACUGUUGGUCUUCUGUGGAUGAUAUUGAGUCUCUAUCUGUUAUUUAUCAGAUGCUUGAAAAAUCUGAUGCAGCAAAAGGUGUUCUAUACUUCAGACAGUCAUUACUUCUCCUCAGGCUAAAUUGUCCUGAGGCAGCUAUGCGGAGUUUACAGCUAGCUUGGAAACAUGCAUCAAGUGAGCAUGAACGAUUUGUAUAUGAGGGGUGGAUCUUGUAUGAUACAGGUCAUUAUGAGAAAGGGCUUCAAAAAGCUGAAGAGUCUCUUGGUAUUAAAAGGUCUUUUGAGGCCUACUUCCUGAAGGCGUAUGCAUUGGCAGACUCUAGUCUAGAUUCAUCAUGUUCUUCAACUGUUAUUUCUCUCCUCGAAGAUGCCUUGAGGUGUCCUUCUGAUAAUCUGCGCAAAGGUCAGGCCCUGAACAAUCUUGGAAGUGUUUUUGUUGAAUGCGGGAAAUUGGAUGAAGCAGCUGAUUGCUAUAUCAAAGCCCUUAAAAUCCGGCACACCCGAGCCCAUCAGGGUCUUGCUCGUGUUCAUUUUCUGAAAAACGACAAGACUGCAGCUUACAAGGAAAUGACCAAUCUCAUUGAGAAGGCGAAAAACAAUGCAUCAGCUUAUGAGAAAAGGUCUGAGUAUGGUGAUCGUGAACACACAAGGGAAGAUCUGGAGACGGUGACAAGAUUAGACCCACUUCGGGUGUAUCCUUAUAGAUAUCGAGCAGCAGUUUUGAUGGACAACCAUAAGGAAGAGGAGGCCAUUGCUGAACUAUCUAGAGCAAUUGCGUUUAAAGCUGAUUUGCACCUCUUACAUCUACGUGCUGCAUUCCAUGAACACAAGGGGGAUGUAUUAGGUGCGCUGAGAGACUGUCGUGCUGCACUCUCAGUGGACCCAAACCACCAAGAAAUGCUGGACCUUCACACUCGUGUUAAUAGCCACGAGCCAUGAGUCAAGAACGACUUCUACGAGAUGGAAGUGCAAGUUGAAAUUGAAAACUUGCAACCUUUGCUGGCAAUGAAAAUGUUCGGGCACUGAAUAGUGAAAUCUCAGCCACAAUAUGAGGAAUGAAGAGGUACAACAGCACCCAUCAAUAGUGAUGAAAAUUAAAUUUGUAAAUGAAAAUUAUAGUUCAAAUGGUUGAUCAAUCAGAACUGCCUAUAGCGUCAUUUUCCCUCAUCCUUUGAUGAGGGGGGAUGCCCAAAUUUUGUAAUUUUUAUUCUUGUUGUCUUGUGGGGUUUUAUGAAUGUCAGAUAUAUCGCUUAUCUUGCAUGCA